UUUAUUCCUAAAAGCACGACGGAGUCCACCAGAGCUUUGCUUUGAUUACACACUUUCUCUGGAAUCCGAUUCGAAAGAAAAUCCUCAAGAAACUUCCGAUCAAUUCGAUUCUUCACGGAGGUGGUUAUGGAAGAUCCUCCAAUGGCUUCAUCGUUUCUGGAGAAGUCCAAAUUCAGCGAGUACGGACUCUCCACGAUCAUAGCAGGCGGAGUCGCCGCUCUACUAGUACCGGUACUCCUCUCCGUCGUGUUAAACGGAAGCAAGAAGGGGAAGAAGAGAGGCGUUCCGGUGAAAGUAGGCGGCGAGGAAGGCUACGCGAUGCGUCACGCCCGAGGUCCCGAUCUCGUCGACGUUCCUUGGCCAGGAGCCACGACUAUGGCCGCUUUGUUUGAGCAGGCUUGCAAGAAGUACUCGAGCAACCGGUUGCUCGGGACUAGAGAGUUUAUAGACAAGGAGAUCGUUACGUCUAGUGACGGAAGGAAGUUCGAGAAGCUUCAUCUCGGGGAGUAUCGGUGGCAGAGCUAUGGAGAGGUCUUUGAACGUGUUUGCAACUUUGCGUCUGGGCUUGUUGGUGUUGGACAUAACGUUGAUACUCGUGUCGCUAUCUUUUCUGAUACAAGAGCUGAGUGGUUUAUCGCGUUUCAGGGAUGUUUCAGGCAGAACUUGACUGUUGUGACUAUCUAUGCUUCUUUGGGAGAGGAGGCUUUGAUUUACUCACUCAAUGAGACUCAAGUGUCGACCCUGAUAUGCGACUCAAAGCAACUCAAGAAGUUGUCUGCGAUACAAUCGAGCUUGAAGACUGUAAAGAACAUUAUUUACAUUGAAGAAGAUGGAGUUGAGGUUGCUUCUAGUGACGUGAAUGGUCUUGGCGACAUAACGGUUUCGUCCAUCUCUGAAGUUGAGAAACUGGGGAAGGAGAGACCUGUUGAGCCGAACUUUCCUUCCAAGAAUGGAGUUGCGGUUAUAAUGUUCACCAGUGGUAGCACCGGUCUACCAAAGGGAGUAAUGAUUACCCACGGGAAUCUAAUCGCAACUGCUGCAGGAGUUAUGAAGGUGAUUCCAAAGCUGAAUAAGAAUGACGUGUAUAUUGCAUAUUUACCUUUGGCGCAUGUGUUUGAGCUGGAAGCUGAGAUUGUGGUCUUUACAUGGGGUAGUGCCAUCGGUUAUGGCUCAGCAAUGACGUUAACUGACACUUCAAAUAAAGUUAAGAAAGGAACCAAGGGAGAUGUUUCAGUUCUAAAUCCAACUCUCAUGACUGCAGUUCCAGCUAUUCUGGAUCGUGUCCGUGAUGGAGUUCUAAAAAAGGUUGAGGAAAAGGGAGGCAUGGCGAAGACUCUCUUUAACUUUGCAUACAAGCGCCGGUUAGCAGCUGUGAACGGAAGUUGGUUUGGUGCCUGGGGUUUGGAGAAAAUGUUUUGGGACACUCUAGUCUUCACAAAAAUACGCGCUGUGCUUGGUGGACGCAUCCGAUUUAUGCUCGUUGGGGGGGCUCCUCUGUCUCCUGAUUCGCAACGCUUCAUCAAUAUCUGCAUGGGGUCUCCCAUCGGUCAAGGAUAUGGAUUAACUGAAACGUGUGCUGGAGCUACUUUUUCUGAGUGGGACGAUCCUACUGCUGGACGCGUGGGACCACCACUUCCAUGUGGUUACAUUAAGCUUGUUUCUUGGGAAGAAGGUGGCUAUAGAGUUUCAGACAAACCAAUGCCUCGGGGGGAGAUUGUGGUAGGUGGUAACAGUGUAACAGCAGGUUACUUCAACAAUCAAGAAAAAACAGAUGAGGUUUACAAGGUUGAUGAGAAUGGCACGAGGUGGUUUUACACAGGAGACAUUGGGAGAUUCCACCCUGAUGGAUGUCUUGAAGUUAUUGACAGAAAGAAAGAUAUCGUUAAACUUCAAUACGGGGAAUAUGUAUCCCUUGGAAAGGUGGAGGCAGCUUUGGGUUCAAGCAAUUACGUUGACAACAUUAUGGUACACGCAGACCCAAUGAACAGCUACUGUGUAGCUCUUGUUGUACCAUCACACGGAGCAUUAGAGAAAUGGGCAGAGGAAGCAGGCGUUAAAUCCAGCGACUUCUCUGAGCUAUGUGAGAACGGUGAAGCAGUCAAGGAGGUUCAGCAAUCUCUUAUCAAGGCAGCAAAGGCGGCAAAGCUAGAAAAGUUUGAGAUCCCAGCAAAGAUAAAGUUAUUGCCGGAGCAGUGGACACCAGAGUCGGGACUAGUCACAGCAGCUCUCAAGUUAAAGAGGGAGCAAAUAAAGGCCAAGUUCAGAGAUGAACUCCAGAAGCUGUAUGCCUAAAAGUCUUUAUAUAACUCGUGUAAAACAAACUUCAUAUGCUUGUGUUUUUGACAUUACUUUCAUUAAUAAAGUUUGAUCAUAAGAGGGGGUUUACUCCCUCUUUUAUUUCUCA